AGCUGGGGUAAGGAGUUCAAGGCAGCGCCCACACCCGGGGGCUCUCCGCACCCAGACCUUCUGCCUGCUCCUCCCUUCCUCUUCCCGCCCUCCCUCCCACUCUCCCACCCACCCAGACGGAGCUAGGACGGCUGCCCAGAACCGGGGGCCCGCCGCCUCCUCGCCGCGAUCCUGGACUUCCUCCUGCCCCAGGAGCCGACUUCCACGUGUACUCUGGAGUCGGCCUCUCCGCUCGCGCUCCGCCCUGGGCCUGGGUGCUUUCACCAGCAGGAGCAGCCGGUGGUCCGGGCUCCCGGAAGCAUCUGGGCCAGGUUAGGCGCAGCCGAGUCGAGCGCCGCGCUUCUACAGGGUCGAAGAAGCCGCGGGGCGGCCGGGGCUGAGCCGCAGCAGAUGGGCUCCGACGUGCGGGACCUGAACGCGCUGCUACCAGCCGUCCCGUCGCUGGGCGGCGGCGGCGGCUGCGCCCUGCCUGUGAGCGGCGCAGCGCAGUGGGCGCCGGUGUUGGACUUCGCGCCCCCGGGCGCCUCGGCUUAUGGUUCGCUGGGCGGUCCCGCGCCGCCACCGGCUCCGCCGCCGCCCCCGCCGCCGCCGCCGCCUCAUUCCUUCAUCAAACAGGAGCCGAGCUGGGGCGGCGCCGAGCCGCACGAGGAGCAGUGCCUGAGCGCCUUCACGGUACACUUCUCCGGCCAGUUCACCGGCACCGCCGGAGCCUGCCGCUACGGACCUUUCGGUCCUCCUCCGCCCAGCCAGGCGUCCUCCGGCCAGGCCAGGAUGUUCCCUAAUGCGCCAUACCUGCCCAGUUGCCUGGAGAGCCAGCCCGCUAUUCGCAACCAGGGCUACAGCACGGUCACCUUCGACGGGACGCCCAGCUAUGGCCACACGCCCUCGCACCACGCGGCGCAAUUCCCCAACCACUCCUUCAAGCACGAGGACCCCAUGGGCCAGCAGGGCUCGCUGGGCGAGCAGCAGUACUCCGUGCCGCCCCCAGUCUACGGCUGCCACACCCCCACCGACAGCUGCACGGGCAGCCAGGCCUUGCUGCUGAGGACGCCCUACAGCAGUGACAAUUUAUAUCAAAUGACUUCCCAGCUGGAAUGCAUGACCUGGAAUCAGAUGAACUUAGGAGCUACAUUAAAGGGAGUUGCUACUGGGAGCUCCAGCUCAGUGAAAUGGACAGAAGGGCAGAGCAACCACGGCACAGGGUACGAGAGUGAUAAUCAUACCACACCCAUUCUCUGUGGUGCCCAGUACAGAAUACACACCCAUGGCGUCUUCAGGGGCAUUCAGGACGUGCGGCGUGUGCCUGGAGUAGCUCCAACUCUUGUGCGAUCGGCAUCUGAGAGCAGUGAGAAACGCCCUUUCAUGUGUGCUUACCCGGGCUGCAACAAGAGAUACUUUAAGCUGUCCCACUUGCAGAUGCACAGCCGGAAGCACACUGGUGAAAAGCCGUACCAGUGUGACUUCAAGGACUGUGAGCGAAGGUUUUCUCGUUCAGACCAGCUCAAAAGACACCAAAGGAGACACACAGGUGUGAAACCAUUCCAGUGUAAAACUUGUCAGCGAAAGUUCUCCCGGUCCGACCACCUGAAGACCCACACCAGGACUCAUACAGGUGAAAAGCCCUUCAGCUGUCGGUGGCCCAGUUGUCAGAAAAAGUUUGCCCGCUCUGAUGAAUUAGUUCGCCAUCAUAACAUGCACCAGAGAAACAUGACCAAACUCCAGCUGGCGCUUUAAAGGGUCCAAUCCGGGGACAGCUCUGCAUCCCAAGCAGGACUGUGUGUGAACUACUUUCAAAUCUGACUUUAAAAUUGCUCCUCACUCAACCUUUCUAAGAAAGAAAGGCAGUUCGUCUUCUUCAUCCAACUUCAAGACAAGAUCCCUUUCCUACUGGAUCCUACCAGGUUUGCCCAGAGGCGAUUGGUCUCUGCUUUACUGACUUUCAGUUGACUCACCAAGCCCUGGUGAAGUGGCUAAUGAUGUCUGGUUAGCUAAAAGGCCAUCCUUAAGUCUGGAUUUUCCACUGUAGUAAGAGCCAUUGUUGAUAAUGUUCCUCCAAUCUCCCCUUCCCUCUAACAUGCAUUUUCACUAGGAAUGGAGUCAUUGUACCAUUUUCCAUCAU